CGAAUCUUGGCCUGUUUGCCCAAAAACAUGGUCCCACCCAUUCACGUUCACUCCCAACAUGUAGGGUUGCCAUCAUGUAAAAUUGAUAUAAGCUUGCUUUGGGACCUUAGCUCUUAUCUUCCUUCCUCAAUCCUGAUAUAUAUUUUCACAAUUUGGGACAAUAUGGUUUCUAACUUCUGAAAACAUAAGGACUAAUAGAUUACGGUUUCAGCAGCUAGAUUGAUGUCAGCACUAGUCAAGCUAGAUCCCUUGUCCUGUUACUCAAUAAUAUGUUGUUGAUGAACCGUAUUGGACUAUAAGUGACCACCAGAGCCAGUUAUGAACAAUCCUGACCAAGAGAACAAUAACAAUGAGCCAAGAGCUAGAGGACGGACAGGACAGAACCCUUUGUUGAAUGUUAGAGACAGACUGUUUCAUGCUUUGUUCUACAGAGUAGCAUUAACAUAUGCUAGGGCCUUUCCUAAACCUAUCAGAAGAGUUUUGGAAUUUGCAAUUUUAUUAAAGGCACUGGUUGUUUUGAGUAUAUUAGUUUAUAUACAUGUUGUUUUUGCUCGAACUCCUAUUAAUUGUUUGUCUCAUGUAAAAGACUCAUGGCCUAGAGAUGGUAUUCUUAGAGUAGAAAUUGUACACAAUGCAACAGCAAACUACACGUUGAUUAAUUCUUACGAGAAAGAAUACACAGACUUUACAUUUCAAUUCUUUAAUAAUGGCAAAGUUCUCAAUCAAGAAGAAGAUGAGCCAUCAGAAGGGGAACACUCAUAUGAAGAGCAAACGGCAGCUCCAGAAAAUGAAGAAGCACCACCUGGUGGUAAUUCAGAAAAGUCAGAAGUAAAAUCUGAAGAUGGAAGUGAAGAAUUGAAAACAGAGGAAAAAAUUUUGGAAGCUAAAUUCAUAGACCAUCUUCUUUCUGAAAAGAACAGUGAUAUGAAAUUAGAUAAUUGGACAACUAUAGAUAAUACCACACUGUUAAGUGCAGAGGACAAAACAGUAGAUGACACUGAUACCACGUCUAUCUAUGGCUUUACACCAUCUGAAAUAGAAAUGCUGGCCAAAGUUGUUUGGCCUGAAGAAAAGUACAUUGUAGAAUAUGCUCUUGAGUAUGGAUUUUUACGGUUAUCACCGAAGACCAGACAGAAACUAAAUAUAACAGUCAUGUUGGUAACACUAGAUCCAGACAGAGAUGUAUGUUUUGGAGAUAGUAUCAGUAGAUUUUUACUGGCAGAGUUCUUGGGAUAUGACGACAUAUUGAUGUCUAGUAUCAAACAGUUAGCGGAACAGGAAGACAACAAAGGUUACCUUAGAAAUGUGGUGUCUGGAGAGCAUUACAGAUUUGUCAGUAUGUGGAUGGCUAGAAGUUCUUAUUUAGCUGCUGCUUUCAUUAUGCUAAUAUUUACUGUCUCUGUUUCAACUUUGUUGAGAUAUUCACACCACCAGAUAUUUAUCUUUAUAGUUGAUUUUCUACAGAUGUUGGAGAUGAAUAUCACUAUUGCCUUCCCUGCUGCUCCACUAUUGACUGUAAUCCUGGCUUUAGUUGGUAUGGAAGCCAUUAUGUCAGAAUUUUUCAACGAUACCACAACAGCAUUUUACAUAAUACUAAUAGUAUGGAUAGCUGACCAGUAUGAUGCUAUUUGUUGUCAUACCAACAUCAGUAAACGUCAUUGGUUAAGGUUUUUCUAUUUAUAUCAUUUGGCAUUUUAUGCCUACCACUAUAGAUUUAAUGGACAGUACAGUGGUUUAGCUUUAUUUACAUCCUGGUUAUUUAUACAGCAUUCAAUGGUGUAUUUUUUCCAUCACUAUGAAUUACCUGCGAUUCUACAACAAGCCAGAAUACAACAGAUAGUAAAUAACCAAAAUACUAAUCAAACUAAUGCAGAUAGAGAAAAUAAUCAGCCAGCAAAUACUACACAAGAUAAUCAGGUACCAGUAGAUACACAAGAUAAUCAGGUACCAGUAGAUCAACAGCCUGCAGAACCUAAUGUACCAGUAGAUCUGCCUACACAAGAAUCAAAUCAGAAUAAUUCAGAGUCAGAAGUACAGACUGAAUCUGCUGGACAGAAUAUAGCAGAGGAAAAUAAUCAGCCUCCAUCAUUAGGAGCUUUAUCUACUGAAACUAAUACAGAAGUAACUAAUACACAAUCACCGUUAGAAGGUGUAUCUGCAGGAACAGAUACAUCAUUAGAAAAUAGUCAACAAGCAUCUUUUAUACCUGAAAAUAAUUUAGUAAAAUGUGAAAAUAAUUCUCAUAUACCAUCAGAUUCUAUAAAAACUAUGAAUGGAACGAUUCCUAAAGAUUCAGAAAAUGAAUCUCUAAUUAACACUGAUAGAACUAGUACUGGUGAUCUCUCUCAUAAACCUUGCAAUAGUACUACUUCACUUAAUGAGAAUUCUAAUGGAGAUUCAUCAAAGUGUUUAGGUGACUCAGAUCAAACACUUGAAUCAUCUAGAUCUAGUCAAAGUUUUCAGAACUGUGAUAGUGAACAAACUUCCACAUCAUGAAUCUUAGUUAAUUUGUGAAACUAUGUAAUGGUAAGACUGAAAAUAUCGAAAUGCUAUUUUGGGUAAGGAAUUGUGAAUUAAAAUUUGUUUUGUAUAGAUUAAAAAUGUGCAAGAUUAGAAAAAAAUGCAACAGUUUAUAAUACAGUACCUAUCUUGA